GCUCUGUUGCUGUUGAGCCAGGCAGCACAGCUCCUCCUUGCAUUCCUCCUCGACAUUUAGACGUGUCUUGCACCAAAAUGGAUACCCUGUCAUCUUAUCCUUUAAAAAGUUCGGUUCCAAAAGCAAGAAUGUUUCUUGUUUUAUUUACGAUGACGAUAUGCACGGCGGGUUUAUUUUUAUUGCAGAACAAACUUUUCAAACCCCGAAAAAAUAAAGAUUUUUACUCUUUAGAAGUACGGGAUCUGAGAGGAAGAACCGUUUCUUUGGAGAAGUACAGAGGAAAAGCAUCACUAGUUGUAAACGUGGCGAGUCACUGCGAACACACGGAGCGGAACUACAAAGCCCUUCAAGAAAUACACCGAGAGCUGGGGACCUCUCACUUCAACGUCCUGGCCUUUCCCUGCGGUCAGUUUGGAGACACCGAGCCCGGGUCAAACCGGGAUAUCGAAGCUUUUGCAAAAGCAAAUUACGGCGUCACUUUCCCCAUUUUCGGCAAGAUUAAGAUAAUGGGUUCAGAAGCUGACCCUGCUUUCAAAUACAUUACAGACUCGGUACAAAAGCUUCCAAAGUGGAACUUCUGGAAGUUUCUCAUUAACCCGGAUGGACAUGUGGUGAAGUACUGGAAGCCUGAAGAACCCAUAGAGAACAUCAAACAAGAGGCUGCAGCUUUAGUGAGAGAGAUCAUCCUGAAGAAGAGGGUAGAGCUUUAAAGGUUUAACACGGCAUCCAAAGAAGAACUUUGUGUGCCUUAUUCACUGCAUCGCAGAAGGCCUUUUCCUUCACUCUGUUUGCCAAGAUGAGUUGUACAUUUCAUUUUUUAAUCGAGACGCAUAUGGAAAUGUUUUGUGGCAUAUGGAAUAUUUCCGAAAGCAACAUAUGUACAUUCUCACAAACGAUUCUUUGGAUAUCUGGUCCAGGUUAUCUCUGUUCACAAUUCUGACCAGUUGUGGUGGCCCACCUUGUGCUUAUACCUGAAAUGAAAUGUUUUCAAUAGAAAGUGUUAAUUUACACUUUGGAAAUGUGAGUUAAGAAUUCAGUGGAGAGUGUGUCUCAUGUGUGGUUGUGUGACUUGUGUGGUUGUGUGAGAAAUUACAGGUAAACUGAAGAUGUGCUUGGGAUCACAGUGACCAAAGUAGUCUUUUUCUAUAAAAUUGUAAAAAGUGUCAUUACUGAGAUAUUUUCAUUGUUCUGCAAACCACUGUGUUAAUUAUAAAUGCCAUUUUUGUAUUUGCAGUUUUGCUAAAUUGUACAUUUUAAGUAGAGUUAAAAUAUAGGUGUGAACUAAGAUUCCAAUGAUGUGUGUUAUUGGUGGGAUUGAAAGUGAUUGAUUUUUAUUUACUAGAGAUUUGUUCCUCCUUGUUAUUAAAAGUGAAAGAAAAGGUUAUACUGUAAUUUGACCAGUAUAGUUCGAUUGAAAUCUUUUAAGGCUCAUCAAAAAGUCUGAUGUUUUAUUUGGUUCUAUAAAAUGUGGUUAAUUCAUUUUUGGGGAAGAAACCAAAGGAUUCAUGUUUAAUGUUUUGCAUUGUUAAGUUAUGUAGCAAUUCUAAUUUGAAAGCCAAUUAAGCCUUUCACUUAAUGAAAUAUGUAUCAAUACUUUGAACAACACUUAUGUUUGGGUUAUUCAUAAGAUGUAGAUAUUGUUGGGUAAAUCAGGGCAGAUUUAAUUUCUUUGGUAUUAAAAUGUGGAGCUCUAAAACAUGCUUCAUUGUGCCCCUCAGGGACAUGAAUGGAGGGCCUUGUAACAGUAAAUACAACUAAGAGAAUCGCUGUAAAGAGUGAUUUAUACAUGAAAUUAUAGUUGAUAAGCAGUUAUGCACUGCAGUAUUCGGGAACUGUAAAAUUUCAGGUAAAUUGAGUGUUAAAAUUAGAACUCAAGUCACUCUUACAGUUUUUGUCACCUUUAACAAAAGGAGACUGCUGACAUUAUCAUAGUUAUCAAUUUGUGUUGGUGAUGAAACUCUGUGCUUACUGUUAAGGUUUUGCAGUUUUUGGAUUAAUUGGACAGAUGAAGGAAAAAUCAUUGGGAUUUUUUGUUUUAUCACACUAGAUUGAAUUUAUACAUGAUAGGCUUCAGGAAACCCAAAUAUAUUAUUAUGUGAAAAAAAAAACAUUUCAAGUACUAAAGGGGUGUAAACUACUUCUAGUGAAAAUGCAGCUACUUAUGUUUUUAUAUAGCAAGACUGGAGAGAUAAAGAGAGCUAUUCGUUAACAGAUAACAUCUGCAUUGAGUAAAACCAAAGACUGUAGGGCAUUUACCUCUUUGGUUAUUUUGCUGGAGUACAUUGUAAUGUCUAUUAUUAAAGUGUCAAACACUUUACCUGUUGCUAAAAUUGUUCCCCAAUUGAUUAAUUAAAAUUCCAGAGGAUAUGAAUUGAAACAAAAACAAUAAUAAUUGUUUUGCUCAUUGUAUUUUUCAAUACAUAUAAUCCAUGGAGACCAUUAGAAAAUAGUACUGUUAGGAGCACUCUAUUGUUACCUAUUAAAUAUAAUUCCACUA